UUCGCAGCGAGGGCCAUGGCCGCCAGGGCGGUACGGGCAGCCGGCGCCCCUCACCGGGAGCGCGUGGUCAGCCCGCUGGUCAAGUACCUGCUCUUCUUCUUCAACCUGCUCUUCUGGGUGACUUCCAUGGUGAUGGUGGCUGUGGGAAUCUAUGCCCGACUGAUAAAGCAUGGAGAAGCGGCCAUGGCUUGCCUUGAUGUGGAUCCGGCCAUCUUGCUCAUGAUUGUUGGUGUCCUGAUGUUCUUUAUCACUUUCUGUGGUUGCAUUGGCUCCUUGCGGGAGAACAUCUGUUUGCUGCAGACGUUCUCGCUCUGCGUGACUCUCCUCUUCCUGCUGCAGCUGGCUGCUGGCGUUCUCGGGUUCGUCUUCUCGGACAAGGCCCGGGGGAAAGUGAGCAAGGUGGUCAGCAAUGCCAUUGUGCAUUACCGAGAUGACUUGGACCUCCAGAACCUCAUUGAUUUUGGCCAGAAGGAGUUCAGCUGCUGUGGGGGCAACUCCUACAGAGACUGGUCCCAAAACAUGUACUUCAAUUGCACGCCCCACAACCCCAGCCGGGAGUACUGCUCGGUGCCUUAUUCCUGUUGCCGGCAAUCCAAGGGCCAGUUGGUCAUCAACACCAUGUGUGGUCAAGGCAUGCAGACUCUCAGCUACCUGGAAGCCAGUGAAUUCAUCCACAUAAAUGGCUGCAUCGACAGCCUGGUGGACUGGAUGCACAGCAACCUUUUUAUCGUCGGCGGGGUGGCCCUGGGCCUCGCUGUUCCCCAGCUGAUUGGUAUCCUGUUGUCCCAGUUUCUCAUCAGUCAGAUUAAAGACCAAAUCAAGCUCCUGAGCUAUAACCAGCAACAUCAGGCUGAUUACUGGUAACAAAGGACAGGCAUCAAAUGACCAAAGGAGCCAUUUGGCUGAGGACCAGAACCUUUCCAGGAACUUCCUGCUGUCAUCUCCUAGAAGCUGGAAAUACCUUCUUCCAGCUGAACUUGCAGGAAACUUGGAGAGGGAUGCCUUCUUCUCUCUUUCCCCUGAAUAUAGGAAGAGGAUCCCUCUAAGGUGGACUUCGAAGAAGCAGGGUAGGAAGAGUGUUGACACUUUUGAACUUUGAUGUUGGAGAAGACUCCUGAAAAUACUGUCAAAAAACCAAACAAAUUAAUCAUUGAACAAAUCAACCCAGAGUUCUCACUCGAGGCACAAAUGACCAGGCUCAAGUUAUCUUACUUCGGACACAUAAUGUCUGGUGAAGGCUCUGGUGCCUGGAAAGGUGGAAGGAAAGAGAAGCGGAUGACCAAUGGAAAGGUGGAGGGACUCAGAGUGGUGAUGGGGGCACCAUUGGAAGACCAGGACCAGGUUGGGGACAGAUCCUCCUGGAGAAAAUCUAUCUAUGUGGUUGCUAAGAGUCAACACCAUCUUGAUGGCACAUAAUCAGUUUAAAAAAAAAUCCUCCUAAGGAGGAUGAGUUUGAAGGAAUGGAGCUGCUGAAAAACCAUGUGGUUUUCCAUAUUCCAGAGGGUAUAUAAACUCUAAAGUUGGAAAGUCUCAGAAUGAAGCCUUGAGUGGACAGUGGCCGAGCCUGACAUUCUGGGCUGGAGCUGGGGGUCUUCCUCAGCCAUUUUGUUUGUGUGCAAAGAGCGAAUGAUGGGGAGGCAGAUUCCUCCAUCCGUUCUCCCAAUUUCUCCAUCGGUCAAGGACACAUGUGUCUCCUUUUUGAAGCUGCUUGAGAAAGUUGCUUUGGCUUGAUCCUGGGUUCUAGCGUCUCCCCAAGAAUGUUCUAAUUUUGAAAAUACAGCAGUGCUUUUGUUUAACCAGGAAGAACUUCUUAGUGGAAGAAGCUGUCCCUCAGGAGGCAGUAAGUUCUCCAUCAUGGAGAUACAUCAGGAGAAAUAUCUGGGUGGGUCUUCAAUGAGGAUGUUGGUGUUGCGUCCCGCCUUGCAAACAUCUGGUGAGCUUCUCUGUUAACUACGGUGCUACAGACAUCAGCCUCUCUGCCUUCCCCCUGCUGUGUUGGCUAGGCAUUUGAGCUGCCUACCCUGAAGCCAUCUCAUCCUGAACUGGUUGGCUGUACCCAUCAGAUGCCAAUAGAGAAUGUCAAAACAGAAGGGCAGGGCUUUUUUUCAGAUAUGAAGGAUCAAAGAAACAUAGGAACAAGACUGGGCCAGGAUUAAUUGUCGAAGAGGAAGUCUGAAGUGUGUCUGAUGCAGCCAAUCAUCAGCUUGGCUGAAAUUCUGGAUGCUGUACCCCAACCUUUUGGAGGCUGCCAGCUCAGCCCUUUGGGUUAAGAAACAGGCAUGGCAGGGAUUCCAGAAGUGUUUUGUAUCAGGGCUUCCCAACCACUGCAACUUUAAGAUGACUGGACUUCAGCUCCCAGAAUUCCCUAGCUUGCAUGCUAUCUUUCAAAUGAAAUUUAUGGCACACACA